UCGAAUAGCCUCUUAAUAAAAUGCUGCUUAUGUUACAGGUGCAAACCGAGCAAGACCCAGAAUUAGAAAAAGAAAGCCCUGGCUUGAAAAACAAUCCAGUUGAUGAAAGUGAGGUCCAAACAGCAACUGAUAGUCCCUCUGUUAAACCUAAUGAGCUCGAAGAAGAAAGUACACCCAACAUGCAAACAGAAAUUUUGGUACAACAGGAGGAGCCUUGUGAGGAAGAACCUGAAAAAGUAACAUGUGAUUCUGACUUUGCUGUUGAAACAUUGGAGGUUGAAACUCAAGGGGAGGAGGUCAAAGAAGAAGUUCCUCUUGUAGCAUCCACUCCAGCCAGUAUUGAACUAUUCACUGAAAAUGCCGAGGAGUGUGCUUUAAAUCAGCAGGUGUAUAACAGUGACUUGGAGAAGAAAGACGCAGGAAUUAUUAACCCUGAAACAGCAUUGUUACCAUCUGACAGUGUGUUUAUAGAAGAAAGGAACAUCAAAGGAGUUAUAGAAGAAUCUCCAUCUGAAGCAGAAGAUUUCUUUUCUGGAGUUACACAGUCUGUGGUAGAAUCUAUAGCCGAAGUAGAAAAACCUGAAACUGUUUCAGAAAUAUUGCCAUCAGCUUGUAUUGUGACAUUAGUACCAGGAGUUUCCACUGGGGAUGAGAAGACAGUGGGCAAAAAGAGUAUUUCUGAAAAAAGUAACAUGGAUGAAAAGGAGGAGAAUGAAUUUAAUAUAACUAAGGAAAUCAGAAUGGAUCUUCAAAUAGGAACAGAGAAGGCUGAAAAGAAUGAAGGUAGGAUGGUUGCAGAGAAGGUGGAAAAGAUGAUGGCGUCAGUGAAAGAAAAGCCUGCAGAAAAUACUUUAUUCAAGACAUACCCAAAUAAAGGAGUGGGUCAGGCUACUAAUCCUGAUGAAACUAGUAAGACUAGUAUUCUGGCAGUAUCCAGUGUAUCUAGCAAUAAAUCAAGCAUCAAGGCUGUUGUAGUCUCUUCUCCUAAGGCAAAAGCUACAGCUUCGAAACCUGAAAAUCAGAAAAGUUUUUUAAAAUCUGCGCUUAGAGAUCAAAUAAAUGCUGAAAAGAAACUUUUGGCCAAGGAAUUUGCUCUACUUAAACCUACAAGUGCCAGGUCAGGCUUGGCAGAAAGCAGUAAAUUGAAACCCACUCAGAGCAGUUUUACCAGAGGAGGCAGUGGAAAGAUCUCAGCCCUGCAAGGCAAGCUUUCUAAACUGGAUUACAGGGAUAUAACAAAACAAUCUCAGGAAACAGAAGCUAGACCUUCCAUCGUGAAGCGGGAUGACAGCAACAAUAAGACUUUGGCUGGACAAAACACUAAGAAUUCUAAAAGUGCUGCUGGUAGAAGUUCCAAAUCUAAAGAGGAACCAUUAUUUCCAUUUAAUUUGGAUGAAUUUGUUACUGUGGAUGAGGUUAUAGAAGAAGUGAAUCCUUCUCAAGCCAAGCAGAAUCCACUAAAGGGAAAAAAGAAAGAAGCUCUCAGAAAUGUUCCGUUCUCUGAACUUAACCUAAAGAAGAAAAAGGGGAAAACUUCAGCCCCUCGUGGUGUUGAGGGAGAACUAUCUUUUGUAACAUUGGAUGAGAUUGGGGAAGAAGAAGAUGCAGCUGCACAUCUAGCACAAGCUCUAGUCACUGUGGAUGAAGUAAUUGAUGAAGAAGAACUAAAUAUGGAAGAAAUGGUAAAAAAUUCAAAUUCACUUUUUACAUUAGAUGAAUUAAUUGACCAAGAUGAUUGCAUUUCCCACAGUGAACCUAAAGAUGUUACUGUUCUGUCAGUGGCUGAAGAACAAGAUCUUCUCAAACAGGAGCGCUUGGUAACUGUGGAUGAAAUUGGAGAAGUGGAAGAGCUACCUUUGAAUGAGUCAGCAGACAUAACUUUUGCCACUUUAAAUACAAAAGGAAAUGAAGGAGACACUGUAAGGGAAUCUAUUGGCUUCAUUUCUUCUCAGAUGCCUGAAGACCCUUCUACUUUAGUUACUGUAGAUGAAAUACAAGAUGACAGCAGUGAUUUGCAUUUAGUGACUUUGGAUGAAGUAACUGAAGAGGAUGAAGACUCUCUGGCUGAUUUUAACAACCUAAAAGAAGAACUUAAUUUUGUUACUGUUGAUGGUGGAGAGGAGGAGGAUGGAGAUAAUGAUUUAAAAGUCGAGUUAACACAAAGCAAAAAUGACAGUCCCACAGAUAAAAAAGGGAAUAGAAAGAAGAGAGCUGUGGACACAAAAAAGACAAAACUCGAAGCCUCGUCCCAAGUGGCUCCAGUAAAUGAGAAUGUUACAGAAGAAGAUUUAAAAACCAUGAUUGAAAGACGCUUAGCAGGUUUUGGGGUACAUGUGAAGAACAUGCAAGAUUGUUGCAUAGCUAAAACUUCAACCAAGAGAGUUAGAAUUGGGAAAACUCUGCCAUCAGAAAAGGCUGUUCUGACAGAACCAGGAAAAGGUGAAGAGGCCUUCCGGAUGAGUGAAGUUGAUGAGGAAGCUGGAUUAAAGGAUUCAGAACCAGAGCGAAAACGCAAGAAGACUGAAGACCCUUCUUUAGGCAAAUCAGUGGCAUCUGAUGUCCCUGAAGAAUUAGACUUUCUUGUACCUAAGGCUGGAUUCUUCUGUCCAAUUUGUUCCCUCUUCUACUCAGGUGAAAAAGCAAUGACAAAUCACUGCAAGAGUACACGUCAUAAGCAAAAUACUGAGAAAUUCAUGGCCAAGCAAAGAAAGGAAAAGGAACAGAAUGAGGCUGAAGAAAGAAGCUGUAGGUGAUUGGGGGAAAGGGGAAAGAAGUCACUAGAAAUUUGUUUAGGGUCCAGUGGAUUUGUGUAUUUUUGUUAUAAUUUAAUUUGUAAUUUUCAUUUCAGAAGCAAAUACUCGUGUUGUACAAAUUUCUGAUUACCCUUGAUGUAGACAGACUGAUGGGGAAAGUAUGAUGGGUUUGAUUUUUAUAUCAAAUCAUCAGGCAUGGAGAAAUAUCUUUUAGAAGUGUUAAAAUAAAUGUUCCUACUGUAUAUUUAAAAUACCAUCUGUGUUUGUGGCUGAUUUAUUAAAGACUUCCUUGCCUCUGA